CACAAGGCGAAAACGAAGGAGAAGAUAAAGGGUUUAUGUCAACAAUUAAGCUUCGACAAUUAAAAAAAAAGGAAUGUAUUAAAUCUUUAUUUUGUCUGAAUGUGAGAUGUUUUAUCGGCUUUCUGUUUAAAAGUCUGAGGUUUGUGUCCAAGCCUCAGAAGGAGACUCAGAGAAUCUGCUGGUGAAUAUUCACAUUACUUUUACAUUUAUAUAACAAACAACAUAUAAUGAGAGAGAUUAUAUGUAAUAAAAGCCCAGUGCAUCCUGGGAAUGAUGUGAACGCUGAAUGGAGAAAGUGCAAGCUGGAGAAACAAGAUGCAGCAGCAGAAAUGAUUGCUGCUCUGAUGUUCUGCUGCUCCUCACAGUCCGUUCCUACAGAUUAAAUGCAUCCAUAAACAAUGCUAUGAGAGAAAAGAUUGACCAUGACACCCAUAGCCAUCUCUUGUAGUCAGGAGAUAUCUUCUCUCCAUCUUAAUUCAUCUCAUGACCAAAUCCAGGAAGAUAUUAAAUGUGAGGCAAGUUUUACCCAAGAGACCGUGCUCCAGAGCCUCCAAAGCCUCCACACGAGAGAGAAGAGUCAUCACUGCUCGCACUGUGGCAAGAGUUUUAAUCGUCAGAGUCAUCUGCUGACGCACGAGCGUGUUCACACGGGAGAGCGGCCGUAUCAGUGCUCACAGUGCGGGAAGAGCUUCACUCAACGGAGCAACCUUCACCUCCACCAGCGGAUUCACACCGGAGAGAAGCCACAUCACUGCUCAGAGUGCGGGAAGAGUUUCACCCUCCGCAGUCACCUGCGAAUGCACCACGUGGUACACACGCGAGAGCGGCCGUACCAGUGCUCGCAGUGCGGCAACAGUUUCAGCCAGCCGAAUCACCUCCGCCUGCACCAGCGCAUCCACACAGGAGAGAAGCCGUACCUGUGCUCUGAGUGCGGAAAGACCUUCAGUCAGCAGAGUCAUCUCCGAAUACACCAGCGCGUCCACACGGGAGAGAAGCCGUACCGCUGCUCACAGUGUGGCAGGAGUUUCACUCACCAGAGUCACCUCCAGCGUCACCAGCUCAUCCACAGCGGCGUGAAGCCGUAUCACUGUCUGCACUGCGGGAAGAGUUUCACACACGGGAGCACGUUUCAGGCACAUCAGCGCAUCCACACAGGGGAAAAACCCUAUUACUGCUCGGGGUGUGGACGAAAUUUCACUUAUUUGAGUAACUUACAGAGACACAAGUGCACAAGUCAGGUAAUGUGAUUCGUGUAAACUUUAUAGGAAGCUUUAAUCAUGCUAACUAUUAGACUUGUGUCUCUGUAAGUUGUGAAUUAGUGAAUGUUUGUGUUCAUCUUUAUUUUCACUUUGUGUUCAUGAUUGUCUGCACAUACGGAAAUGGAUUUGGUGUUAAAUUAUGAGUUAUUAUUUAUACUUCGGGGAGGAAUACAGACUUUUUCCCGGUCCAGUGUAAACUACUAGGAUUAAUCAAUCCUGGUUAAUUUGCUUAUCAAAGCAACUGAUGAUAAGAAUUUUACAGCCUACAAAAGUAUUAAACGUAAUAAUGCUGUGUGUUUACGUAGUUGAGUAGUGUGUGUGUGUGUGUGUGUGUGUGUGUGUGUGUGUGUGUGUGUGUGUGUGUGUGUGUGUGUGUGUGUGUGUGUGUGUGUAUUCUGACACUAUCAGUGUUGUAACCAUGUAUUCAUUUAAAUAACUUAAAUAACCUGUUUUUGUAAAACAACCUUGAAUCAGUGUCCAGUCACCGACAGCACCAGACAUCCUGGACACCGUGAACAUUUCACAGUAACAGCGUCCUGAUGGUAUGUUGACUUUCAGUGUGAAAGUGGCUGAAAGUGGCAAAAGGUUUAAUCAUCAAUACACUGAUUAAAGUAUUUAUUUUAGAAGAACAUUUAUAUGUACAAAGAAUAUAAAUUCAUGUGCAUCACUUUGUUCAGUGUGUUUAUUCCCUACAGGAGCGACUGGACACUUCAAGUUUAUUACAUACAAAGUGUAAAGAACUGUGAAAUGGAUUGAAUGGAAAAACAUUAUACAAUUAUUAUUGUACAAUUAUGCAAUUGUUAAUUGUUACAGCAAUUAAAGUUGAGUGUCCAGU